AUGAAGUUAAGCAAGCAGGAAAUUUUUUUGAUUUUAGUCGUGCUUGGAUUGAGUCAGGCGUAGACUAUUACAGAGAAAGAAGAAAAUAGUUUCUCUUGUGAAAAAAUUCUAAAUGCUGAGAGGGACUAGGAUGCUUCAGAUAUUUUCAUCGAUUAUUACAAUAAGACUGAAGAUCUAAACACUUUGUCAAUUUCAUAAGAUUACUCCUUAAAUAUUAUUACUCUCAACACCCAGAUCAAGUUGAAAGUAAAUCCAAUGAUUAUUAACAGAUUAGAGGCUGAAAUUGCAGUAAAAAGUGCAAUAACAUAAGUCUAGAAUAAGCAAGAUGAAAUAUUCAAGUUGUUCGAGGGAAAGACUAAAAGAACACUGACUAUUUCUCCAGCUUUUGAAUGGGCGUAGAGUAUAGAUCAAAUAUUUAUAAACGCUAAAUUUGCACACAGAAUGAAUGCACCUGGAUGUUUAGAUACUUAUGAUCACAACAUUACAUUCACUAACGACACUCUCAAUAUGACAGUACUAUGCAGUCAUGAAAACCUUGCCAAAAAGUACCAAUUAGUCAUCAAAUUUUAUGGUGAAAUUGAUCCAAACAAUUCAACCUAUGAAUUUAACUCAGUAGGAAGAAUCUCCUUUAAACUUUGGAAAAAAUUUAGUGGAAGGUGGGAUAGACUGCUGAAUUCAAAAAAGAAAGAAUUCAAAAAUAUGCAAACAUGGUGGGACAUGCAAGAUCAGUUAGACCCUGAGCUCAAUAAACAUAAAUCAAUGGACGACUCACAAGUUGAGGGAUUGCAGGAUUGGAUUUCAUCUAAUAGGAUUAGAGAAAAGGAGACAUUCGAAAAUCUUAAGAAGGAAUCUAAAAAGGUAAAUUUUAAACAGUAUUAAUUAAGUUCAUAGAGAUAAAAGAAGGAUAAACUGUAGCAAAAAGCAGAAGUUAAAAGCAAUGGAAUAUGGGAUUACCCACCUUUCAGCUGGCUGCUGUGA